UGAACACAAAAGAAAUUAAAAACGACAAACGGCCGAAGUGGAUUUGCUCACAAACGCGCCUUUUUUAUUUCCCUAAUUUAGGGAUUUUUCAGGUGUUGCGCGUCCUGAUUGGGAAAAAUGUUUUCCAAAGCCAAAAUCACGAGAUUCAACGAGGUCGAGGGCUGUGCACCACCACCGGGCACUUAUGAUCCCAAGAAGGAAGAGAAACUUGUUGGCGGCGUUUUGAGCAAAACGCAAAGAUUCCCUGAGCUUGCUGCCAACGAAAUUGCAGGGUUAGGGGUCGCUGCCAUUUCUGGUUCGACAGAGCAUCUGCCGAAAAAAACGCCAUUGAAAACUCCAAAGUAUGUGAAGCCUUUGCCGAAAUCCUCAGCCAAAAAGAGUAUUAUGGGGAGCUCAUCUUUGACUGAUUUGAGAAAGAUGCUCCCCGUGGACAAUGAGAUUACAAAACUUAAAGAAGAAAUCGAAGACUUAAAAAGCAAACUGGAGAAAUCUGCUAUUUUUCACUCAAACGUUGGCGACUGGGUCAGCAUGAUAGAGAAAUCUGAUGAUGAGAGUUUGAAGUUCAUCACAGAAGAAUGGGCGAAAUUGGCCGACUUUUCUGACAUGAAGGGAGUAAAGGACCUUGAGCUAGAAUUGGAGAUGUCACAAAACAAGGUAGUCGAGAUUAGAUCUGAGGUUAAUGCUCAGGCAGAGACGAUUCAAAAACUCCAAGACGAGCUGUCUGGAGCUACUGAAAACUUCCAGAGGCUGGAGGCCUUUAUGGAAAUGGUCAACCAGGGAAAUAACAACCUCCACAACACCAUUGAAGAGCUGGAGGCUGAGAAGAUCCAGUUGCAGAAACAUCUGCUGCAAAAGUGCGAUUUGAUGGAAGAGUUGGCUGCUGCCGAAGAAACGUUGCGUAAAGAGUUAGCCCUUACAAAAGGCUACAGCAAGACUCUGGAGGAGAAUUUCAACGUCCAGAGUCAAGAACUGCGAAGUGUGCAAAUGCAAAUUAUUGCUUUGGAAGAACUUCUCGAGACAAAGAAGGACCUCGAAUCCAUCAAUGAGAAUUUGGAGGAGGAGCUGAAGAACUCAAAAGAGCAAAAUUCUCUUUUGCAACUGAAUUUGGCUUCGACAGAGAGCAGCCUUGAAAUUGCAAAAGAAGAAAAGGUACAACUGGUGCAGCAUUUGAAGAAUGCCGACGAGGGUAUUGCUGCCAUAGAAAACCAACUACGGCUGAAAAAUGAAGAGUUUGGCGCCAAAAUCGAAGACGUAUCAGCCAAAGCUCUAUUCCUUGAGGGCCAAAUGGAAGUUCUGCAGAAUCAACUUAAACUCACCUUGGAAGAGAGAGAUGGCUUAAAGAAGGAACUGGCGGAAUCUCAUGAGAAGAUCAACAGUCUGCAUGAAAAGCAUCAGGAGACUUUGGUGGCUCUGUCUGAAGAAAUGAAACUGAACCAACUUGGAGAAGAGAAAGUUGAGCAGUUGUUGAUUUCUCAGCGAAAUGGCUUGAGAGAACUAAAUCAGGCACUUGAAGAUAAACAUACGAUUCAAAUUGAAAUGAUCGAGGUCCGAAAAGAACUGAAAGAGAACCAGGAAAAUCUGAAGUUGUAUAUGGAGAGGGAGAAGAAAACUCAAGAGACUUUGAUGGAGUCACAUCGAGUCACCGUCAUGGUGCGUGACAGGAUCCUUGACUUGGAAGAGCGUCUUGAGAGAAACGCGCAAGACACUGACGAAAUUCAAAGAAGAGCCGAAUCUUUUGCUCAUCACGUCACUGCCAUCAAUAUGGAGAAGGACGGUCUUUGCGCUACACUGCAAGACAAAACUGACUACAUAGAGAAGUUGUCUCUGAAACUGGACAAUGAAGUCAAGGCGAAGGAGAAACUUCACCGCAAGUUGACUGGCACUAAAGCUAUGCUGAAGAGUAAUCAGGAAAAGCUUUCGACGGUUGAAAAUGAUCUUCUGGUAAUCAAUGACAAAUUGCAACAGAGUUUGGACAAGGAAGAAAAGCUGAAAGCUUCCAACAGUGACUUGAAGAAGCAGAUUACCAAUCUUGAAGAGAAGGUGACUUCCGUGAGUCGGGAAAAAGAGAAGAGCAUCCAAGAACUUUUGAAGAUCAAUGAGAUUCUGAGACGGGAAAUCGAGGAUGUCCAAAGCAGCCUGGAAUCGAUUCAGUUUUACAAGGAAAAUAUUCAGGUUGAAGUGGGGUCGGCUGUCAAACAAAAUGAAGACCUGCAGACUGAGAAUAAAAAGUUGUUAGCCGAGCUCAAAAAGACUGGCGAGGACUUGGUAAUUGUACAAGAAGAGCUCCGAGGUGCCAAGGAACACCUGCAAGAGCACCUAACUGAGGGGAACAAAAAUAUUCAGGCACUCAACCAGCAACUUACAGAGGCUCAAGGUGAGGUUCUCUGUUUGAAAAAGGAAAGCAUUGAAGCCAACCAAAGCAUAUUUGAAUUGUGCCACAAACUUCUGGACACUGAAAAGCUUUUGCAAGACACCAAGUCCCAAAAUGUUGAGAAUUUGAGAAAAAUAACAGAAAUUUUGGAGAUGAGAGAGGAAUUCAAGGAAUCAACGGCCAUGGGUGACAUUGAGAGAAGACUGAUUGUACUGAACAAGUACAUCGAGGAACUGGAAGAUGAAUUUGCUGAAAGUGUGCUCUUGAAGAUGAAUUGCGAGGAACUUGUCGAAGAGGAAAGAAGAAAAGCCACAGCUCUGAGGGACCAGGCCUUUGAUGCCAAGCAAGAGAAAGAGGACAUCCAGAUGUGCUACGAGGCCGUUCAGAGGAAGCUGGAAGCCAUGGAAGUGGAGAAGCAGAAUUUGGAGGACGAGUUUGCUAAGGCAGAGAAGGAGUGGGACGAGCGCGAGUUGAAGCUGAUGACGGACAUCAAACUUCUUAGCGAAGAGGCUAAAGAGGCCGAGGAUAAGGAAGUCCAACAUGAGGAGGAAGUCAUGCAGUUAAAGGAGGAGGUUCGUUUGCUGAAAGAAGAGGCGCAGUGGGAGGAAGAGAAGCAACUCAAGCUGGAGGAGGAGCUUAACGAGUUGAUGGCCGAGAAAGAGAAGUGCAUCGACAAGUGCGCCCGAAUGGACUGCGAAAUUCAAGAGUUGAAACGCAGAGAGGAGGAGGCCAAGUUGGGAGUUGAGAAGAGCUGGGAGAAAGUCAAGGAAGUGGCGGAAAUGCUCGAGGCGGUCAAAUUGGAAAUGAAGGAGUUUAGGGAGAUUUUCUCUAACCAAGAUGAAGAAAUCACUAAGCUUGAAGACAUCAUUGUUGAAAAGGAAAAGGAGGUGGCCAAGCUGAAGCAGGAGAAGGAAGAGCAGAUCCGUCUGCUGGAAGGUCGCCUUCAGGACCAGGACGCAGCUAUGAAAAGACUGUUGAAUGAGGUGGAGUCGAGAGUCGAGGCAGCGGACGAAAUGGAAGAUUUGCUGCAGAGGAAGAUUGCUGAGUUGACACGCAGCAAAGAGCAGAUCGGCAAACUGGAAGUCCACAGCCAGAGUUUGUUGGACAAAACAAUCGUUUUGGAGGAAAAGGAAAUAAAGGCACUGGCCGAGUUGAAGAAGGCUCAGGAGGAAGUUAAGCUGGCCAACAAGACGUUGGAGAAUCAGAUGCUGGAAUUCUCUUCAAGGUGGAGUGCCGUGGAAGAUAGCAUAAUGAACUAUGAGUCUGUCGAGGGCCGCAACAAGGAACUGAGUGCCAAUGACAGUUGCCUUCGCUCUCAGCUCUCAAUCCACGAAAGUGAGAACCACAGACUCCGUUUGGCCAACAAAGAGAUGCGUGAGCGACUUUUGGACCUAGAGAAGGUGGAGGCAAAAUCCAGUGGCCACCAAAACCACCUCCAGAAACUGAGCUAUAUGCAGAACCUCAAGGAAGUAGUUUUCAAGCAUGAGGCGAAUGAGGAGGAAAUGCACGCUCGUCUUGUGGAUAGCGAGUGUCGCGUAGCCCAACUCGAGUCUGAACUGCAGAAACAUGGUAUCAGUGUGGCUCUGAGCAAGUCGAUGGUUGUCGAGGGUAUUGCUUCCUCAGCAAAGAAGAGGCACGGCAAAGAGAACAGAUCUUUGAUGGCCUCACUGAGCCGCACUGCUCACUCUCUUCUCUCCACCUCAACUCCGAUGCACAGGAAAUCUCCACUCCAGCCCAAGAACAACUGCUUUCACAACUAUAAGGGCUUAAAAAUGCUGCGAGUCUUACUACGAAGUGGCUACGGCCUGACGAGAGGAACCAACAAUUCAACCUCCAUCCUUUGGAGAGGAGCGUCCAGGCCGCUGCACCACCACCGUGCAGCACUUGUCGCCCAAAACCGGCGUUUUGUCCAACACAGACAAGGUCCAAUCUCUGGCUGCUUUUUGCUAUCGAGGUCAUUUUGCUCAAAACCUCCAAGUGAUGACGGAAGCGCACCUGCCCAAACCGAAGAGUCUGCGGUCGAAGAUAAAAACUACCCUUCUCAUCAUUCGCUGCCCACAACGGUGACUGUGCCUGAGGUCUGGCCGCAUGUGCCUGUCAUUGCUGUCAGCAGGAACCCGGUUUUCCCUAGGUUCAUCAAAAUGAUAGAGAUUUCCAACCCGCAUUUAAUGAAUUUAAUUCGACGUCACGUUAAGCUCAACCAUCCGUACGCUGGUGUUUUCUUAAAAAAGAAUGAAGAUAAUGAGUCCGACGUUGUUGAGAAAUUGACAGAUUUGCACAAAGUAGGAACGUUUGUCCAGAUUCAUGAAAUGCAGGACAUGGGAGACAAACUGCGCUUGGUUGUCAUGGCCCAUAGACGAAUCAGAAUUUUAGACCAAAUUAUGGAAGACAUCAUGGAAUUGGAGGAACCAGGAGAACUCAAGCUUGAAUUUCCUCUUCUUAAAACUUCCAUGAAUGUAGGAACUGACAACGUUGGUGACAAAAGGAGACGGAGGAGGAAGAAAAGGAGGAACGGAGACGAAGUGGAGAGCGCAACAGAAACGCCGGAAAGCACCACCACCGCCGCCACCUCUGCACAGGAACAGCCAAAACUAGAAAUAGUGGAAACUCCUCAGCCGGUCCUGAUAGUGGAAGUUGAAAAUGUUGUGCAUGAGAAGUUCAAACAAACGGAGGAAGUCAAAGCUCUUACACAAGAAGUAAUAAAGACCAUUCGUGAUAUAAUCAACAUGAACCCACUUUAUCGAGAGUCGCUGCAGCAAAUGCUGCACCAGGGUCAGAGAGUUGUUGACAACCCCGUGUAUUUGUCUGAUUUGGGAGCUUCAUUAACUGGAGCUGAACCUGCAGAGUUGCAAGCUGUGCUCGAGGAGAUGGAUAUUCCGAAAAGGCUGCUUCUCUCCCUGUCGUUGCUAAAAAAGGAGUACGAGCUUAGCAAACUGCAGCAGAAAAUUGGCAAAGAAGUGGAAGAAAAGGUGAAGCAGCAACACCGGAAAUACAUUCUGCAGGAGCAGCUUAAAGUCAUUAAAAAGGAGCUGGGCUUGGAAAAGGAUGAUAAAGACGCCGUGGAGGAGAAAUUCCGGGAGCGAAUUAAAGAAAAGAUUGUGCCAAAAGCUGUCAUGGAUGUUAUCGAAGAGGAGCUCAGCAAACUAGGGUUCCUGGAAAGUCACUCGUCUGAGUUUAACGUGACUCGCAAUUAUUUGGACUGGUUGACCACCCUACCCUGGGGAGUGACCAGCACUGAAACACUGGAACUUGAUUCGGCCUCAAAAAUUUUGGACGAAGAUCAUUAUGGCAUGGAGGAUGUAAAGAAAAGGAUUCUUGAAUUCAUUGCUGUCAGUCAGUUGAAGGGUUCAACCCAGGGAAAGAUUUUGUGCUUCUAUGGCCCUCCUGGUGUUGGAAAAACGAGCAUUGCCAAAUCCAUUGCCAGAGCCCUCAACAGAGAAUAUUUUAGAUUUAGCGUUGGUGGGAUGACGGACGUUGCAGAAAUCAAGGGCCACAGACGCACUUACGUUGGAGCCAUGCCUGGCAAAAUGAUUCAAUGCCUCAAGAAAACCAAGACUGAAAACCCACUUGUUCUGAUUGACGAGGUGGACAAAAUUGGAAGGGGCUAUCAAGGAGAUCCAUCAUCUGCCUUGCUUGAGCUGCUCGAUCCUGAACAAAAUGCCAACUUCUUGGAUCACUACUUGGAUGUACCAGUUGACCUUUCAAAGGUCCUGUUCAUUUGCACAGCCAACGUCCUUGACACAAUUCCUGAGCCUUUGAGAGACCGAAUGGAAAUGAUCGACGUUUCUGGCUAUGUUGCAGAGGAAAAGGUUGCUAUUGCAAAACAAUAUUUAAUUCCCCAGGCACGGAAAGAUUGCGGUCUUAGCGAACAACAGAUUUAUAUUGAAGAACCUGCCCUGCAACGACUAAUUAAAAUGUACUGCCGGGAAAGUGGAGUUCGAAACCUUCAAAAACAUGUUGAAAAAAUUGUCAGGAAAGUUGCAUUUAAAUUAGUCAAGAAAGAGGCUGAGGAGUUCAAAAUAACUACGGAUAAUUUGACGGACUUUGUCGGAAAGCCCGUUUUCACCCACGACAGGAUGUAUGAAGUUACACCACCAGGAGUUGUCAUGGGUCUGGCGUGGACAGCUAUGGGCGGCUCGACAUUAUACAUUGAGACGGCCUUGAGAGUUCCACGAACUGUCUCAGACAGGGAAAAGGAAAGUGACGGCAGCUUGGAGUUGACAGGACACCUGGGCGACGUCAUGAAGGAAUCGGCCAGAAUCGCAAUGACUGUGGCGCGAAACUUUUUAGCCAAACACCAACCCAAAAACGACUUUUUGAAAACAAACCACAUCCAUCUGCACGUGCCGGAGGGAGCAACUCCGAAGGACGGCCCAAGUGCAGGUUGCACCAUAGUCACGGCAUUGCUGUCCCUUGCAGAGAACAGGCCCAUUCGACAAGAUUUGGCGAUGACAGGUGAAGUUUCCUUGACUGGUCAAGUGUUGCCUGUCGGAGGCAUCAAGGAAAAAACAAUUGCGGCCAAGAGAGUCGGUGUCAAGUGCAUCAUAAUUCCAGAAGAGAACAAGAAAGACUUUGACGAUCUUCCUAAGUUCAUUACGGAAGGGCUUGAAGUCCACUUUGUUAGCCACUAUUCAGAUGUCUACGAUAUUGUGUUUCCCGAGAGUUGAAGAAUUUAGACGCACGUGAUUAAAAGAGCGCAAACUGUGGGCGGAAAUUUAAUUUUUGUUACUGCAAAUUUCCUGCAAAUAAAAUUUGGCUCUUGUUAGCCGCUUGAGGACAGAA